AUGCCGAGAUUACACGUCCCCUUCGUUUCGCCUGAUAGGCGGAAAGACUCUUCGAAUGCGAAGAGGGUCGAACAUGAGUCUGAGUCCAAGGCUGAGGCUAAGCAUGAAUGGCCAUCCGAUCAACACGAAACUCCUCUGCCCGAGUACCGCUCUUACAAUCAUGCUGAAAUCCCAUCCAAGCCAAGAAUCGUCUGCACUAGGCGAUUGCGCAAUGCAUUUACAGAGAGCCUCGUCAUUCCUAGCCCACAAACUGGAGACUUGGACCAUACUUUCAUACCAACUCAGAACACCGGGUCCUAG